AUGGCGCCAAAACCUCAAGAAUUUGCCGCUACAAAGAAAGAAGACAAUGGGGUCUGCCCACCUGGGGAAGAGAUUGUCAUCUCUGGAAUGUCUGGACUCUAUCCUGACUGCAACAAUGUUAAAGAACUCUCAAAUGUUCUUUACAAUAAGAUUAAUCCAAUAAACAACCAAAACCUCCGUUGGGAAUUCAAUCACCCAGAAGUAACUGACUGCACGGGCAAAGUACCCGGUCUAAGAUUCUUCGACGCCCAAUUCUUCAGGGUACACUACCGCCUGGCCAACUGCAUGGACCCCGUGUCCAGGAAGACUUUGGAACAAUCAUACCAGGCCAUUUAUGAUGCAGGUAUAAGCUGUGAAUACCUUUCUGGUAAGAAAGUGGGGGUAUACCUUGGAAACUGCUUCUCGGAGACUGAGAAGACUUGUUUUUACGUCAACACUAUUAACGGCGGUUUUGGUAUCGCGGGAUGUAGUAAAGCUAUGUUCGCGAACCGUAUCUCCUAUUGGUUGAACUCCAAGGGGCCAUCAAUGGUUGUGGACCAAUCCUGCUGCAGUUCCUCUGUGGCUCUAGAACUUGCUUACCAAGCAAUCAAACGUGGCGAUUGUGAGGCCGCUCUCGUAGGGGGCUCUGCUCUAUGUCUUCAUCCACAUUCUUUUAUCCAUUAUGGAAGAAUCAUGAGUUUGAGUAGGGACGGCAAGACAAGGUCAUUCGAUCAGAAUGGAUGCGGCUGCGCCAAAUCUGAUGCGAUCAACGUGCUCCUCCUACAAAAAUCCAAGGAUGCAAUUCGUGUGUACGCAGAACUGGUGCAUGUAAAAUCCGAAUUCACGUCCCUAUUGGAGGGAGAUGAAGGGCCCAGAUAUGGUUUCUACCGUAACCCAACACAUGUCGCUAACUUUUUGAAAGAGUUUUACAACGAAGCCAACAUUCCGCCGAAGGAUAUUGAAUAUGUUGAAGCGUUUGGUUCAGGGGUGUUGGAAGCUGAUGAGUCUGAACUUAAAGCGAUCGAUGAAGUGUUCUGCAAGGAUCGACCAAAUACACUACCUAUUGGGAAUGUUAUGUCCAAUAUUGGUUAUAGUGAAGCUGCGUCUGGGCUAUCUUCUAUUACUAAGGUGUUACUGGGUUUCGAAAGAGGUGAAUUUGCUGGAAAUAUUAGCCUAGAAACGCCGCGGAAUGACGUAGCAGCCAUCCGGGACGGUCGUAUCAAGGUGAUCACGGAUCAUUUGCCAACAAACCACGGAUAUGUUGCAGUCAACACUUUCUCAGUUACGGGCUCAAACGCCCACGUACUUCUCAAAGGACGUUACAAACCAAAGGAUCUUACCCGCUACAAGAGCAGCAUCCCUCGCCUGGUGACGAUAUCAGCGAGACAGGAUUCUGCCCUGCUUAACAUCUUCGCAGACCUGAAGAGCCGUACCGUGGACCCUGAGGAACUGGCUCUGUUCCAUAACAUUCAUCAGACCCCUGUCGCUGGACAUUUGGGGCGUGGUUAUUUGAUUCUGGACACAAACGAAGCCAACGAAACGGUGGCUCUAAGUGAAAAGUGCGAGUACUUCGACAACGCGGUCCGUCCACUAUGGUUUGUCUACAGUGGUAUGGGAUCGCAAUGGGCCGGUAUGGGCACUCAACUCAUGCGUAUACCAAUUUUUGCUGCUGCUAUUGAGAAAUGUCACCGCGUGUUAGAGCCCAAAGGCGUGGAUAUUGUGAGCAUAAUCACGUCACCAGAUAAAACAACCUUCGAUAACAUCUUACACUCCUUCGUCGGUAUUGCCGCUGUACAAAUUGGUCUCACAGAUAUACUGCACUCUAUAGGCAUCUUCCCGGAUAAAAUUAUCGGUCACAGUGUAGGCGAGUUGGGGUGCGCAUACGCAGAUGGCUGCUUCACUGCCGAAGAGAUGAUCCUGUCUGCAUACAGCCGUGGUCUUGUCUCCGUUCAAACGCCUUUUAUUCGAGGCUCCAUGGCUGCUGUUGGUAUGGGAUUCACUGAGAUCUCCAAAUUGUGCCCACCUGAAAUUGAAGUAGCGUGCCACAAUGCAUCGGAAUCCAGUACAAUCUCAGGUCCAGCUGAAGUCAUGAAAGAGUUCGUUGCGUCUUUAACAGCUAAGAACAUCUUCGCUAAGGAGGUUCCCUGCUCCAACAUCGCCUAUCACUCACGUUAUAUCGCAGAAGCAGGUCCCGCUUUACGCCAGUACUUAAGUGAAGUUAUCAAAGACCCGAAGCCACGCAGUGAACGUUGGCUUUCAACCUCGGUUCCAGAAAAUAGAUGGGAAGAGGAUCUAGCUAAAUACUCUUCUGCCGAAUACCACACCAACAAUCUACUGAAUCCAGUUCUUUUCGAAGAGACAUCUCGCCACAUUCCUGCUGACGCUGUGCUUAUUGAAAUAGCUCCCCAUGGACUACUCCAAGCUAUUCUCAAGAGAUCCCUACCCGAAAGCUGCAAGAACAUUCCUCUUACACGCCGAGGACACCUUGACAAUGCAAGAUUUGUGUUGGAAGCUAUUGGACAAUUGUUCAUGGAAGGCUACAACCCUAAGAUACAAGCGUUGUACCCCAAAGUCGAAUUUCCGGUGUCAACUGGUACCCCAAUGUUGGCACAUCAUGUUGAAUGGGCACAUACGGAGUCUUGGAUACUUCCGCUAUUCAAAGCGGAUGGUAUUAAGAUUGCCGCUGCAUGUAAAUUCAUUAUAUCUGUGCACGAUGACGAACACAAAUAUCUUCGAGGACACGUCGUGAAAGGCGUGAAUGCUUACCCAUUCGCGGGUGCACUCACGUGUGUAUGGGAUACGUAUAGUAUGGUGUGUGGGGUGGGUCGUCGCAGCCAGUCAGUACGUUUCCGUGACGUGCGCUUUACCGUGCAACCUUUGAUCUGCGACCAACAACUGCUAAGCCUGAAUGUCACCAUACAUCGCGGCACAGGGCGGUUUGAGGUAUCUACUAAAAACACUGAAAUUAUAUCUGGUUACAUUAUCUGGAAUAAUGAGGGCGGGCCUGACGUCACCAAUCCAGAUGACCAGGAAUUAUCUCUGACGUCUGAUGAUAUCUACAAGUUGUUGAAGACCAAAGAGUACAAUUAUUGCGGAGACUUUCGAAGCAUCAGCAAAGCGUCCACGUCGCUCAGUCAAGCAAAAAUUGUAUGGAAUAAGAACUGGGUGACGCUGAUAGAUGGGUUGAUUCAACUAAACAUGUUAAAGAAAAGCCAUGGAGUUUCGGAGCUGGAAUUUAUUCGCCAAAUUGAUCUAGAUGUCGAUAAGAUGCCCAAAGAUGAUGGAAGUGACAGUACUCUUCUAGAUGCUUAUGUCUCAGAAGUUUUGGAGGAAUCGUCAGCUCUUUCAGUGUUCCUCCAAAUAGUUGCUGAAAAUGUUAACAAAAGCACAAUCAAUGCCCUAGUUGUUAACGAAUCUGACUCUAAAUACAGCGGAUUGAAAUCUGUCGUCGAACAAAUUCCUGGGGUCAAAGUGAACUUAGCAUGUAUUGAUAAGAGAGACCUCCUCAAACUGACCAAUAUUGAUAAUCAAGUUGAUGUCUUAUUCCUCAAUGACUUAUCGUUUGAUGAAUCUCUCACGGAAGCCCUACACAACAUCCUUCCACGCGAUUUCUUCAUCAUAAACAAAGAAUUUUCAGAACCAAAGCAGAGACCGGCUUCUCUCUACAUCCCUGUGUCCUCUCACAACGUCUCCAAUGCCCAAAUCCAACUUAUAAGUUGGCGUCCAAAUCAAUCCCGUUCCAUUUCCAGCGCAGUUACAGUCCAUUCUACUGAAGACCUUGCGUUAUUAGAAUGUAGUCUUUCCCUACUUCCUCCCGGGCAGAACCUCUUGAUUGUGUCCACAUAUCCGAAAGUCCCAGGUUUGUCAGAACUUGUGAAGCAAUGGAGCGAGGCUAGCAGUGGGUCUAACAAGAAGAUAUACGUGAUUGAAAUAAACCACAAGGUGUCCAACGAACAGUGUUUGAACGAAUUGCCACCUCUAAAUUUGACCUUCAAUGUGUUAGAUCACGGUAUUUGGGGAGGCAAGUACUACCUUCCCGUGGAGCGUCAGGUAGAAAGCAAGGGUAAUGCGAUACUCCAGAUUUCUCACGUUGGAGACAUCGAUUCAUUGACCUGGGUUGAAACACCUGAGCCAACUGGACCAGGGAUUAACGUGAAGGUACACUAUUCUACUCUGAAUAGCCUCGACACAAAGAGAAGUAUGGGAGUAAUACCCAUCGAUUUUGAUACGGAUUUAACCUUUGGAAUGGACUUCAGUGGUGUGACGGAAAGUGGUGUCCGUGUAAUGGGUCUUGUUGAAUCGGGUUCCGUGAGUACAAUAGUGCGAGCCAAGACUGAGCAAUUGUGGCCUGUGCCUGCGCACUGGACCCUAGAGGAUGCCGCUACCGUGCCUUUGGCCUACUGUUUGGCUUUCUACUGCUUGAGCAAUAAAAGCAGUAUUUUACCCGGUAUGAGCAUUUUGGUACACGGUGGAACAGGUGCAUUGGCCCAAGCUGCAAUCUCCAUUGCCCUUGCAUUUGACUGCGAAGUAUUUACCACUGUCAGUGAUCUGAAGAAGAAGCAGUUCGUUAAGAAGCUCUUCCCUCAGUUGCAAGAUGACCACAUCGGUGAUUCUCGUCAUCACACUUUCGCUGACAUGGUGAGGUCUGCUACGAAUGGUAGAGGCGUAGACAUCAUCAUCAGCUGCGCGAAUAAGGAGUUGAAGAAUGCCUCCAUGGGAUGUCUCGCAGAGUACGGCGUGUACUACGAUGCCAGUUUGCUGAUUGAGCGAGAAAACUUUAACCUCGGAAUGAACCAUUUCACUAAAUGCCGCUCCUACGCCACCGUCGAUAUUCGCAGCAUAUUUCAGACUGAACACGAUAUGAAGCGUUUGCAAUUACUCGUAACCGAAGGAAUAGGGCGUGGCUACGUGCGUCCUCUGUCCCGUGUUUCGUUCCCGCCCAGUGAGGUCUCUCGGGCCUUCCGUCUCUUGGCUGCAAGUAGACAUCGCGGACGAGUGCUUCUUGACAUGCAGCAGCCCAUUCCUGAUGUUAAACCCAGGCUCCAAAUAUCACCUGAAUCGUGCAAUUUGAUCAUAUCAGAUGACGAUGUAUUGGCGAUACAGCUGGCUGAUGGGCUGGUCGCACAAGGGGCUAAGCAACUGUACAUUCAGGCGCCUUAUUCUAACACAUUCCUCGUUAAACAGAGGUCCUGGCAAGACGCUGGUGUACACGUUGUCAUUGACAGACAAGAACUCUGGAACAAGAAGUAUAUAGAGUUCCUACUUAACAAAAGUAGUGUUCUGGGGAAAAUCCAGAUUAUCUACAUGAUUGCCAGCAAAGCCCAGAACUACAAUGACGCCACUACAUAUUUGGAUGCAUUGUAUUCAGCUUCUAGAAAGUUAACACCACCUGUCGAACACCUUGCUGUAAUCGACAUCGGUAACCGCAUAGGUGAUGACGCAUUCACGUCAGAAUGUCCCUUUAAGAACAAUUUGACUAUCAUCAAGUCACCUGAACUUGAAUCGGUGCAAAGCUUGCUGUCAUUUAAGACCGUACUGAAUGUCUUAGAAGAAGGAUUGAACUCCAAGGAGCCCGUGAUUGUGGUGCACCCGGUUCCUAAUAAGAAAUCUUUGUUGGAAGACAUCGCUGCUAUUGCCAAAUUCGAUCUACCAAACAAUUUAGAAGGUACACUCACGCUGCAGGAAUUAUGCAAGGACAGUGCAUUACUAUUCCCAGUGAGAGAAUACUUGCGGGACCAAUAUCACAUCCUCCUGUCGCAAGAAGCCAUUCUAGAUCUUUCUAUAAGCAAGAUUAAAAACAUUGAGGAAAACAUGUUGGAUGCAACAUUCAAGGACAUGGAAGGAUUUGCGCAGUUUUACUCGUACGUAAAUGAAGACGAACUUCGAAGUACCACGGAAAUGGUGUUCCUACCCACGUUAGUGCAAUCGGCUGCUGUGAUGGAUGACGAGUUCGACGCGAACCAGAAUUUCAUAUGUCUGAUACCAGGUUUGGAAGGUCACAAUGGAAGAUUCGAACUCUUGGCUGAAAGACUGAAGCUGUUCGCUUUAGUACUGCAGCCGGGUCUUGCGCAUCCUGAUGAAACUCCUCAGGAAAUGGCAGCUAGAUUUGCAAAGGUUCUAAUUAAAAGAACUGGUAUCAACGGUCACUUCUACCUUCUCGGGUAUGAGACAGGAGUCAUAGUAGCGCUUGAGAUGGCCAAAAUUCUUGAGGAACAAGAUCUAACGGGUACUGUAUUCUGCUUGGGUGGAACUCCUGAAGAUAUCGUAUCAGAAAUCAACCACGUUCUUGGCCAAUACAAGUCCCAAGAAGACCUACAAGAUGACCUUAUCAGACACAUGCUGCGAAUGAACCUAAGCGAUACAACGGUUCAGAUAGAGUUCAAAGGCACAUGGGAGGAGAAAGUGUCCUCAUACGUCCACAACCUUAUAGGAAAAGUGCCUUUGUCCUCACAAUACAAUCGAGACUACAUAAAAUGCGCGUACACACGGAUAAAGCAAAUCCAAAAUUACAAAGUCCAAGCUACUCCCCUGAAAUCUCAAGUGAUAUUCCUUAAGGCGAAAUUGGCAGUGGAAUCAAGUGAUUCGCUACAGAAAUAUUCUGAGAAACCCGUUAUUGUCUACGAUUUGGAGACUUCAUUGGCGAAUGUGGCUAGAGAUUUGCGGUGCACGGCGAUUGUUAAUCGUCACUUGGAGCCGAAGGUUUUGCAAGACUUCAACGAGGCCAACCUUUGUUUUACCUACACUAUGAAGACCACAGAUUGA